AUGCACAGACAGAUGAGAAGAUAAGCAUCAGAAGAAUUUUCCAGAAGAAGGGUCCCCAGCUGCUGCUUGAGAGUUUACAGUUGCCAAAUCUGAUAAACAGACUCCGUUUCAACAUGGAAUUUGAAAAGCAUGAAAAAGGAAGCUUAUUAAAUGAGAAAUUAGAGGAGAAACUGACGGUCUCUUCUGGUGAUUCUGAAGCCAAACCUCUGAUCUUCACAUUUGUCCCUACUGUCAGAAGACUACCAACCCACUCUAAGUUGGCUGACACCUCUAAAUUCCUUGUUAAAAUUCCCGAGGAAUCAAGUGAUAAGAAUCCAGAAACUGUAAAUAGGUCUGAGUCCAAUGAGUACUUGACCUUGAAUGCUGGGAGCCAACAGGAGAGAAACCAAGGGACAUUGAUUUAUCCUUCAGAGGGCAGUGAAAAGGUUUUGCAAGCAAGGGGAAUUAAAGCAAACGAACUUCAAGGAAUGCAGCAAAGUGACCUCUUCAAAGCUGAAUAUGUCUUUAUUGUGGACUCAGAAGGGGAAGAUGAAGCUACAAGUGGAAAAGGUGAACAAGACCCCCCUGGGGGGAUGAGCGCUACAGCUUCUCGGCCCAAAUCUCUAGCAAUUUCCUCCAGUCUGGUUUCUGACGUGGUACGUCCCAAAACACGAGGGACAGACCUCCAGGCCCCGUCAUACCCUGAAAUGUCUCAUGGGAUUGCCUCUCAGCAAAAGCACGGGCAGUUAACUUCUCCUCCCACUACCUCUGAGCAGCUUGCCUAUAAACCACCUGCUUUCUCCUUUGUUUCUCCAACUAAUCAGAAAACGCCACCUGACCCAGUUAACCUCGACGGAGCCUCUGUGCUAGAGGAGUUCCACACUAGGAGGCUGGAUGUCAGUGGGGCCUUGGUGGAAGAAACAACUACGUAUUUUCAAACUUCUGCUCACUCUUCACCCUUUUUUGCACGGAAGGGCACCUCCUCGACGUCACAGUUUCCCCAUUUCACUCAGUUAUCAGGUUCUAAUUUAUCCAGUCCGAGACCUGCAGAUAAGAAACCUGGACUGGCAUCUGAAGUUCCGAAGAAAACAGCUUUCACCUCUCAUGUCCUUAGCCCCAGAGAAAGCCCGAGAACCACUUCUCCUUCACCAUCCUCCAGUGCUUCUCUGAAGUCCAAUUCGGGCUCAUAUAUACCAGUCCGUAUUGUCACACAUUCACUCUCUCCAAGUCCCAAACAGUUUACCUCCUCUUUCCAUGGCUCUUCUUCCACUAUCUGUAGCCAAGUGUCAUCUAGUGGAAAUCUCUCAAAGUCAGGGGUGAAAUCCCCAGUGCCUUCCCGGCUUUCCCUGCUCACUGCCAUGCUCAAGUCAAACCCUUCUCACCAAAGACCCUUUUCCCCUGCAUCCUGUCCCACUUUCUCUCUCAACUCCUUGGCUUCUUCCACACUCACACUCGAUCAAAAAGCAAAAGAAACCCCGUCCACACCUAAGAAAUCUCUCUCUAGUUGCUCCCUGAGAACAGGGUCUCCAGAACAAAGGGAACACCAAGUUUCCGAACUCAGCCAGCAAUCCUUUCACUUACCUUUUUUUGCCAAAUCUGCUCCCCUUUCUCAGGCAGGCUCCCUCUCUCCCACAACACAUGUUGAUAGUAGCCUUGUUUCUUUGAAUGUAGAGAAAACAUCACACACUUCUUUGAAGAGGAACCCGACAUUCUCACUGCUACAGACUAAUACAUUGAGUUCUGCGGGUCUUCCUCCCGUUCCACCAAGUGUUCCUUCUUUUUCUUUGAAGGGCAAACAGGAUGUUGACCUCAGGGGUCCAGAAAAGCCCAGGAAUAUUCACAUACAUCCUACAUCAGCCUCAUUUGCAUUAUCUACUUUAUCUCCUCCCGCUAACCAAAGGGCCACACUCUCCUUUCCAGAGAAAUGUUUCCAUCCUUCCCCAGCUCUUUCAAACCUGAUAAACAGAUCUAAGAGAACAGCCCCGCAGCUAGCUGACCAGGGACAGAAUCCUUCAAUUCCUCCUUCACCCCCUGUCUCCAGUGCUAGCUCUGCCUCACUUUCCACACUGGGGUCCUUCCCAGUCCCUCCUGCUACUCUGCCCACCCAGGCUAUUCAGCUCCAUCCCUCAACACUGGACCCAAAAUUUAGCAGUGGUACCUUGCCUUCAAGACUUGGAAAAUCUGAAAGCUCGAUAUCCAACCACAGGUCAUCUGUUUCAACCCCAUCACCUCCCAUUUCUCUAACAAGAACCAAGGAGCUGAUUUCACCUUGUGCAACAGGCCUUGAAAAUAAGAAACCCAAGCAAUACAAGACCAAGUCAAGCUACAAGGCUUUUGCAGCAAUCCCUACAAACACAUUGCUUUUGGAACAGAAGGCACUCGAUGAACCAGCCAAGACUGAAGGUGUCUUCAAGGACAACACUUUAGACCCACCUCUGGAGUUUUGUUUCCCUGCACAGCUCAGGCAGCAAACUGAAGAGCUCUGUGCUACCAUUGAUAAGGUCUUACAGGAUUCCUUGUCUAUGCAUUCUGACUCUCCUUCGAGUUCCUCACAGACAUUGUUGGGUUCUGACACAAUGAAAAUGCCUACAACUCUUCCGAGAGCAGCUGGUCGAGAAACCAAAUAUGCAAACCUAUCCUCGCCAUCCUCUACAGUAUCUGACAAUCAGCUGACUAAACCUGGAGUAAUUCGCCCAGUACCUGUAAAAUCCAAAAUAUUACUGAGAAAAGAGGAGGAAAUCUAUGAGCCCAACCCUUUCAGUAAAUACCUGGAAGAUAACAGUGACUUCUUUUCUGAUCAGGAUGUGACAGUUCCUCCCAAGCCUGUUUCUCUCCACCCUUUAUAUCAGACUAGACUCUAUCCUCCUGCUCAGUCCCUGCUGCCUCCACAGACCCUCUCACAUGCUGACUGUCUUACCCCAGGACCUUUCAGUCAUUUGUCCUCCUUCUCAGUGAGUGAUGAACAGGGGAAUUCUCACACCUUGUUUAGAGGCAACACUUAUAAUAAGCUGAGUCAUCCAAUGGUGGCUAUUCCUGAACACGAAACUCUUGAUCCAAAGUGCAAUGAAGUUGGAGCAGAAGCUGGAAACAGGCUGCGCUAAAGUUUUCUGGAAUGCUGGUGCUAAUCACUUGCUAGAUUUGAUGUUUAAUUUUUUUUUUUCCUAUGAGUGUUUCCUUUAUGAACUGCAGUAGAAGUAAAAAAAAAAAAAAAAAAAAGUGUCCUGCAGGCAUAUAACAUCACAGUACCCUACUAACACCCAGCGUAGAAAAGAUUUAUCUAUAGCUUCUUGCAUCACUGUUAGAGCCUUUACUGCCUUCUAUUAAGCUGACAACAAUAUUAACAUGCCCCUAUAUUUAGCUGCCAAAUAAAGAAGAAUCAUGGGUAAAUAGAA